GACAGCCCCAGCGCUGUAGAGAGAGGGAGAGGAGGAGAGGAGGAGGACAGGAGAGGAGGAGGUGGAGGCAGACCGAGGAGAAGCAUGAAGAAUAUCCCCGGUAUCUAAGCUACCAGACGGGGAGAACAUCUCGUCCUCCCUCGCUCGUUAGGGGCCGACUGGAAGAGGAGGGAGGCAGCGAGGCUGAGGGCAGGAUGGAGGACGAGAAGAAGCAGUUUCUCUGCGGGGUGGUGGAAGGUUUCUAUGGGAGGCCCUGGACUAUGGAUCAGAGGAGGGUUCUCUUCCAAUGGAUGCAAAGCUGGGGGUUGAACACCUACCUGUACGGCCCAAAAGAUGACCUGAAACACAGACUGUUGUGGAGAGAAGUCUACUCUCAUGAGGAGGAGGGUCAGCUGCGUACUCUCAUAAAGGAGGCCCAGUCGAGAGGUCUGAAGUUCGUUUACGCCCUCUCUCCCGGUCAGGACAUUGUCUUCUCUUCUUCCUGUGAUCUGACGCUACUCAAACGCAAGCUGAGACAGGUAUCAGACCUGGGCUGCCAGGCGUUUGCCAUUCUGUUCGAUGACAUCGAUCACUCCAUGUGUCAGGCGGACAGCGAGGCCUUUUCUUCAUUCGCCCACGCUCAGGUCACUGUAACCAAUGAGAUCUAUCAGUUCUUGGGGGAACCACCCGUCUUCCUAUUCUGCCCUACUGAGUACUGUGGUUCUCUGUGUUCUCCCAGCGUAUCAAAGUCUCCCUACCUGCAGACUGUUGGAGAGGAUCUGCUGCCCGACAUAACAGUGAUAUGGACCGGCAGUAAGGUCAUCUCCAGGAAAUUGUCUGUCGACUGCCUGGCUGAGGUGGAGUCCGUCCUCCAGCGCCCCCCACUCGUCUGGGACAACCUGCACGCUAACGACUACGACUCCAGACGUCUCUUCCUGGGGCCUUUUAAGGGCAGGGAGCCUCAGCUGAGGAGCCACCUGAGAGGCCUGCUACUCAACCCCAACUGCGAGUUCGAAGCCAACUACAUCCCUCUGCACUCGCUGGGGAGCUGGUACAGAGCUGGAAAAGAGGAGAGGAAAGAGGAGGAGUGUGACUACUGUCCUGAUAGAGCUCUGUCCGCUGCACUACAGGAUUGGAUGGAGGAACUCAACCAGCCACUACAAGCAGGUCGGCAGAGCACACGAUCAGACCAGCGUUCCUCCGCUACGUCAACUCGCUGCAAAACUCCAGACAGAUCCGACUGCUCUUCCUCCUUAAGAGGAACCUCCGCCGUGGCCAAGCUGCCUGUUUUCCCCCUGAACUCCAGCUCGCCCCCAUCGUCCCCCACUAAGGUCAAGGGGGACACGGAGGGACGAGAGGGGGAGAAGAAGAGGUCGAACCAGCCUAGUCAACCUCAAGGAUCCAGGCCUGUUGCACCCCCUGGUGGAGGCAGGGGACAGAAGGCCCAGGGUUGGGGGCUCUGUGGAGGGAAGGGCCUACUAAGUGAGUCCCAGGUGCGGCUACUGGUUGGUCUUUAUUAUCUGCCCCACGAGCACGGCCCGUCCGCCCAGAAACUACUGCAGGACCUGACCUGGCUGAAAGCAAACUGCCACCUGGUCAGCGCCAACAACAAGAAGACGCCGCCUCAGAAGAUUGACGAGUGGCGUGGCCGCUCCUCCAGGGUCCUGUCCCUGUGUGAAGACAUAGCACAGCUCCACUGCAGCGUGGUGGGAGGGGCCAACAGGGCAGUGCUCUACGACCUUUACCCUUACGUGUGGGACCUGAGGAACACGGCUUUGGUGGCAAAAGCAUUCAUAUGCUGGCUGGAUGGACGAGUGUUGAGUGACAGCUCCACCCUGGGCACCUGGAGGAACUGCUUCCACUGGUGCGGGAAGACCACAGGGGCCGACCUACUGGGAGUGGAAUCAGAACCGUGGGCGUUCAAAGGGGGCGUGUCUGGGGAGGUGCAGAUGCUUCUCCCAAUAGGCAGCAGCAGUGACCUCUUCACUCAUCCUCCUCCUCUCUUCCCUACCUCUCGUCUCUACAACAUCAGGCCCUACCAUGGCAAGGACAAGUUGGAGUUGUAUCGGAUGGUGCGCCAGCUCCACCUGAGGACUCAGGGCGGCCAAGAGUCCAGUGUUGCUCACCCAGAUGUCGUAGGAGACAGAUGUCUCGGUCCGUGCCUGGCGUUGUGCCCGGAGUACUGCUUCAUCCUGGAGGAUGAGUUGGGCGUGUGCGGCUGCGUGUUGGGCAUCUUGGAAGUUCGCUCCUUUGCCAAGCGGUGUCAGGCCAGCUGGAUGCCUGCCAUGAGGGACAAAUACCCACCUAAAGGGGGCAACACACAACCCAAAACACAGGACCUGAUCCAGCUGAUGGAGGAGGACCAGGGAGAGUACCCAGACUCCCUCCUCUAUCACUUCCCCUCUCAGCUGCGACUGGACGCCCUGCCUGAGCUGGUGGACGUCAGCGUCAGCCGCACCCUGCUCACCGCCCUCCUCACCGCACUCAAGGCCAACGGUUCUCAGGGUGUGUUCUGCGAGGUGCAGCCGACCGACCGUCAGCGGCUGGAGUUCCUGACGAAACUGGGCUUCCUGGAGAUCCUCAGAGGAGAAGCCAGGAGCAGAGAGGGAGUGGUGCUAGGGAGGCUGCUCUGAACAUAAACACACACUCACACACAUACACACACCACCAAAAACAAGACACUAGCACUCACGCAGUAGAUACACAGAGGCACUUCUUGCAAACACAGAAACAGAGUGUUUAGUACGGCACAGACACGCAGGACAGAAAACGUAUCUUUAAGGGGACAAUCCUGGAUUCGUGUGAGUCUGUGUGGCAGCCGUAAUGGGGAUGAACCCAGAGAUUUCUGGGGGAUUUACAAAAUAUAAAAAAUAAGCUUCAGUUUAAACCUUCAGCAGAGCUGUGCUAAUCUAUCUCGGAUUCCACCCCCUGGCUACGGAUUACAAGAUUUAGUCACAAGAAAAUCAACAACGGAAUAGUUUGAGAUGGGAGCAGAGCAGUAGAUCACGGCAGCUGGUCAUUUACCAGUCCGCUCUCUAUAUAAGGCACCCUUUCGCGGCGGUAUGAGACGCACCGGGCGUUCCAUUAACUACAAUGUAAACCCGUCCAUGGCAACAGUUAACGCACAGGGAAACUGCUGUGGUGACGUAGUUUAAAUAGCAAGAAGACACACAGGGUGGGCAGGAGGGGAGGUGGAUGGGUCCAUCAAACACAAGGUUUUCAUCCAGGAGACAGCUGUUCAUUUGUGUCUCAUGUUCACAACGUCCAGUCACGUGUGCACUGUAAAAAACGUAAUAUUUUUAAGCCCAACCAUGUUGUUUUUUCCUAAGCCUACCUGAGGCCUGUACUACGAAGCAGGAUUUGGCGUUAGCGAGGUAACUUCAGGUUUAACCCUUCAGGGUUUUCCGUCCUACGAUGGUGGU